CGAACAACCACCUCAACCUGGGCAACCGCCCUGGCACCCGCUCCCCACUUACAACUCGAUCGAUUCAACCAUCCAAAAAAAUGCUGCUUUUGGGGCCUAUCCUCCUGUGCGCUUCCAGAGUCAAGUUUUACCCCGCCUCCUCCUGCGAGCAUUGAAUUCCCCCAGACGAAUUUCGGAUUCUGGACGAUCCAACGCGCACUUGCAAUGGCGGAACGUGGGGGGCUUGAAAUGGUGCUGUCCCAGCUUCCUGAUAUAUCUCUUGCCGAGUUCGACUUCCUGGACUCUUCCUUUUUCGUCAGCCAGUACCACGGUACGCGCAGUUGCCGCAAGCUACCGAGCCCGCAAGAGGUGCUAGACGCAAGCGGAAAGCCAUUGGGCUGCGAUGGAGUUUGGCACUUUCAGGAGUUCCAGGAACCGGGCUUGCUUGUCAAGUUUGGCCAUCGUUCCAGGGUUCACUUGGAAGAGGCCCUGGCACUGCGUGUCAUCAACAAGAUUCUCCCCGACGGUGUCCCUGCCCCCGAGGUGUUUGGCUGGAAGUCGACCCGUGACCCAGGAUACGAGUCGAAUUUCAUCUAUAUGAGUUUCCUUCCUGGCCAGACACUUCGGGAUGCAUGGGAAACGCUCAGUCAGAAGGACAAGGCUUCCGUGUCUCAACAACUAGCUGGUAUAGUAAGAAGCCUAAGAUCGGUGGGGCAAAGCCUUGCCGGUCAGUUCAUCGGUUCCUUAAACCGAGGGCCAGUUCAAGAUCUCUACUUUAGCCCAGACCAGCACAAAGGCCCGUUUACAAGUACCCGAGCAUUCCAUGACUUUGUACAGUUUGUAUCGGCACCUUGGGUGCCCGUUGAAGACAGAAAUCCGGACCCUUACCGGCCUAUGUUGCCGGAUGCCGCACCAAUAUGUCUAACCCACGGGGACCUACAUCCCGGCAACAUUCUCGUUCUGAAAUCACCUGAUGGAAGUCAGAUCACUGUAUCGGGAAUUGUAGACUGGGGGCAGGCCGGUUGGUAUCCUGACUACUGGGAGUACUGCAAGGCCAUGAUCGUCGUGCCGUACAACGACGAAUGGAGGGAGGGCGGAUGGGCGGACAUUAUGCUUCAACCGAGCGAGCGCGAGCUUGAGGCUUUGGAGGCUUUUGAGUUCUAUUGGAAUUCGCGGUGCCCCUGAAACUCCUCGCUUGGGCGCAUGAUAGGCUGUAGCACACAGGAUAUGCCGUGUUUGAGCGUUGGUGAUAGGAAUGCAAGGGGAUAUGACAGCCAUUUAGCAGGCAAAGGAAGGGGUUGCCUUCUCCUGCUGGGCUAAUUCUUGCAAUAAACUAGGGAGUUGGGUCAAGAGUGAAUGCUGGUGUCAUGUCAGAGAAUCAUGUUUU